GUUUCGCAAACUGGUUGAGGUUGUGGUUGUGGUGGGUAUGGUAGCAGCGGCGGCGGCGGCGGCGGCGGCGGCAGCAGUGCUUUAUACACCCGUGACCCGCCCCCCGAGGCGCAGACAACGACAACGACAGAGCGCGCGCGCCGGCCCUACGAGCUACGAGCUACGAGCUACGAGCUGCCGCCCCUGCCACCUAUGCCAUGCCGCUUAGAGUUGGAACGUGCACGUAACGCAAGGGGCGCUCGGUAGGUGCAUUGUUGAUGCUUGGGCGGGCACAGGAGCGCGUCAAUAGCCUGUCGGCUGGCUGGUGCUUUGUGCGCUUUUUUGUUCGUUCUCUCUCCCUCUCUCUUUCUCCUCCUCUUUCUCCUCCUCUCUCUUUCUCUUCCUCUUUCUCCUCCUCUUUCGCUUAUCUCCUUCGUCCCUCGCCGCGGGCACGAGGCACUCGCCCAUCCCUCGCCCUUGGGGCCCGCAGCCAGUGCCACUUAGCCCGCCAUCUCGCCAUCCCCCGCCCUGUCUGGACACAAGCACCCCAUGUCCAAGCCAAACCUCUCAUCAGCAGCAAAAGCAACGCCAGCGCGUGUCGUGCCGUUUGCUAUUGCUGCUGCUGCUGCAGUGUCCUCCUACCUAGCGAAGGUGCUGGGCCGAGGACGGCGCCCAGCGCACAUCGCCAAAGAGUGACGGGAGUGUGUGAGGACCUAUGUAGGUAUGGCCGGCUGGCGGGCGGGCGCUGUUGCGGCGGUCUCGUCUUCUUCUUCUACUUUUUCUGCUUCUUCGGCAGCAGCAUCAGCAGCAGCAGCAUGUCACCAUGCGGAAAAACCCCGUCCGCACGCACGCACGCACGCACGCACAUACGUACGCUCUCCGUCCGCGGAACCACGGCGCAGUAGGUAGAGUAGCUGCCGUGCUGCUGCCCCCUGCACCAA